AUGGAAUUGCCGAAAGUUGUCUUAGUUUUGUGUCUCUACAUCGUCAUUAAGAGCAGCGCUCUACCAACAACAAUCAAUGGUACCGAUCAAUCUCAAAACGCUAUCAAAAAAGCAGACCAAGACACGGUGCAAAAAACAACGGUCGAUAACACCGUAAAAUUACAAGACGAUUUUCCCCAGCAAGAUUACGUUUCUCAGGAUGUAAAAAAAUCAACCACGAGCAAAAAAAGAUGCAGCAGCAAACAUGGAACAAAUGGUAAGAAUACCGAUAAAAACAUGAACAAUCAUAUGAAAUGUGAUAAUAAUAAUGGCCACAAAAGCAGCAACUGUCAGAAUAAGAAACAAAAAUGUCAAAAAGGAGAAGCGGGUAAUUGUGGUAGUAACCACGGAGAGGGAAGUGGACAAGGCGGUAACGAAAAAACCGAAUCAAGUGGUUAUGAAAGUGACAAGAGUAAGUACGAAAAGGGUGAUAAACCGCACAAGGAACAGAGCAAGUCAGAUGGCAAUAAAACGGGAGGCAAUGAAGGGCAAAAAGAAGAAACUAUACCCGAAAAAAUGAUAGAUUCUUGGAAGAACGUGAAGCAACAAAUUUUAAAAAAAAAUUGA